AUGGCUAAAAUGACAGAAAUUUGUACUGCCUUGAUCAUUUCAGCAGCUUUGGCGGCCGCCCCUUCGAUUGCAGCAUCCUUAGUCACCUUCAUUUUCGGUGACAAGUCAACAGAAAUACAGAGGCUAUCAUUUGAUGAUCAGAUAAUUUCGAGAAGAUCGAGGAAUCGCAAGGCUAAAAUAGGUGAACAGAUACAAAGGCUAUCAUUUGAUGAUCAGAUAAUUUCGAGAAGACCGAGGAAUCGCAAGGCUAAAAUAGGUGAACAGGUUGGAUUAGGUAGCAACGACUACGUCAGCAACUUUCUUCAGCCCUUUCUAGCAGAUGGUCAACAAUACACACAUGAUGAGUUUGUGGGACUCCUAAUCUCAACCUUAGGUGAACAGCUCACACCCACUAGGCUACAUCCCGUCCAAGAGGGCAAAAUCAAGCCGAGCACAAUGCCUAAAGCAAGUCAAUCUGUGGUGCAGCAAUUUAACUCCAAAGUACAGAAGCUACUUGCCAAUCUAAAUAGAUCAGAUGCUGCAAAUGAAGUGCUAGCGGAAAAACUCUUCGCUGAGCUUUUCUCUCACGCUCCUUCAGCUGCUCCAUUAGCAUCCCCUUAA